AUGGAGGCCUGGUUUGCAGUUGAAGAUGGUUGGACCGAACCAAUGGUCAAAAAUGAUGAGGGAGAAUCGAUGGCUAAACCUCGGAAGCAGUGGACUGCUGAAGAAAAGACUGAGGCUAAACACAACUCUCAGGCCUUUUCGGUGAUUUUCAACUCCCUACCACUGGAUCAGUUCAAUAGUGUCCAGGGUUGUGUGGCAGCAAAAGAAGCUUGGGAUAUCCUCCAAGUUAUCUUUGAAGGAACUAGCAAUGUAAAAAGGACACGCCUGAACAAUCUGGCCUCCGAUUUCGAGAAUCUGUCCAUGGAAGAGGGUGAGACUAUUGCAAGCUACAACAGUCGUUUGAGUGCUAUCGCACAGGAAGCUGUUAUCAUGGGAAAACGCUACAAGGACAAGAAGCUGGUGAAGAAAUUUCUCAAGAGCAUUCCAGACAAAUUUCAACCACAUAGAUCUACCAUUGAUGUUUCCUUGAACUUUGAUGAGUUGAAGUUCAGUCAAGUUGUUGGGAUGAUGCAGUCGUUUGAGAUGCAGCUUAAGAAAAAAGAACAUCGCGCUGAACGAUCGUUUGCUCUAAAGGCUGUUGAAACUCCGAAGAAUGCUGAGACACAAGAUGCUGCAGAUGAAGAAAAAGUUGGAUUACUUGUUAGGAAAUUUUUCAAAAAAAUAGAGCGUGGUCAGCACAGAGGAUCCCCAUCUACAGUUAGAAGUGAUUUGGAGAGGGACUUUAAGAGGGGUGAUAGGCAAGAGCGCCAAUGUCUGGAGUGUGAUGGAUACGGACAUCUCAAGGCAGAGUGCCCUAACUACAAACGUAGAUGGUUGAUGCAGUGCUAUGGAUGCAAAAGAUAUGGUCACUCCAAGGCUGAAUGUCCUACUAAAGAGAGUAGAUCCAAAUUGUUUAUAGUCUGGAGUGAUAGUGACUCUGAUGAUAACGAGCAAGAUGGUGAAGUUCUCAAUAACUAUGUGGCUCUGCUGGGAGUCAUUGAGGAAUAUGAAGUAGUGGAACAAGGUGAAAAGGAUCAACCAGCUGUUGUGUCAGAUUCUGAAGAUGACGAGGCAGAUCUACCCCCUGAGGAACCGGUUACCUUAUUUAACUCGCUGUCGUCAGAUCUUGAAGAGGAAAGAGCUAAGUCCCAGGGACUAGAAAAGCAAUUGGAAGAGCAGCUCAAAAACAUCAUAAUGCUGAGCAAGGGAAGAAAGGAUCUCGACACGAUUUUGAGUAGUGGAAGGAUGGGUAAUACUAAGUGGGGACUUGGGUAUCAAGGUAACAAUGCCUCAACAUCCACAAAGUUUGUCAAGGGUCUUGAUGCAGAAAUCAAAGAAGCUACACCCAUCAAAUCAAGGACACAAGCGGCAGUCCCAAUCAAAACCAAUUCUCAUCAAGCAAGAAAUGUUGAUACUCAAAGGAGAUUUCAGGCUACUUACCGAGCACCCUUUAGAACUAUGCAUAUGACUUAG